AUUUCACGUCGCCUCCGCUUCCCACGAUUGCAAAAAUAGCCAUAAAACAUUUCGAAAGGAAGGUUAGGAUUGAGGCGAAGGACGAGGCGCGGGUGGGGAGAGAGAGAGAGAGGCGAAACGGGAACCGGCCGAUCGAUCUAUGGGCGGGUGCUUCUCUGAUGUGAAGGGAGGGCAACAGGCGAUCGGCGCCGCGGGCCCCACCGCCUCCGUUGGGUCGGCGCGGCAGGAGGUCGACGAUGCGGUCGGCUACCUCUUCCACUCCCGCGGUCUUCGUGGUCUCUGCACCUCGCUCGAGCUAUCACUCUCUGCCUCUAGACUACAGAACCAUGAUAUUAUGUCAAAGAGCGAUCCACUAGCUGUUCUUUAUCUGAAAAGACGAGAUGGUAUGCUUGAAGAACUUGGGCGCACAGAAGUCAUAAUGAACAAUCUCAGUCCUUCUUGGAUUACUAAAUUUACCAUUAAUUAUCAGUUUGAAAUUGUUCAACACUUGGUGAUACGAGUCUAUGAUGUGGACACCAAAUAUUUCAAUAUACCUGUUAAGACUAUCAAUUUGAAUGAGCAAGAUUAUCUUGGAGAAGCUUCUUUUGCCAUGUCUGAGCUAGUGACCAAGCCCAACAGAAGUUUGACUUUAAAUCUCCAACAGAAAAAUGGGCAUCCCAAUGCACAUUCAGGAACCAUAACAAUUCAUGCCGAGGAGCCAAUUGCUUCUAGGACUGCUUUUGAGAUAACAUUCCGCUGUUCAAAGUUGGAAAAUAAGGAUGUUUUCUCCAAAAGUGAUCCAUUUUUAAUAAUAUCAAAAUUUGUGGAGAGUGGUAUCUCUAUCCCUAUAUGGAAAUCUGAAGUUAUCAACAAUGACCUAAACCCCGUCUGGAAACCUGUAACUUUAUCGAUGCAACAAUUUCUCAGCAAGGAGAAUCCCCUAAUCAUUGAGUGUUUUGAUUUCAACGACAGUGGCAAGCAUGAUCAACUAGGCUUGCUUCAGACUAGUGUGGCAGAUCUUGAGAAGCUUGCCAGAGAAAAUUGCGGUGCAAAUUUGUAUGUCCAAUCUCGUUCUGGUGCUAAGAAGAUCCUCAAGGGGCAGCUGCACGUGGAUAAUUUCAUUGAAAAAACUCAAUAUAGUUUCUUGGAUUAUAUAUCCAAUGGAUUUGAGCUUAAUUUUAUGGUUGCCAUUGAUUUUACAGCUUCAAAUGGAGAUCCAAGGCUUCCUGCUUCCUUGCAUUUUAUUGAUCCUUCUGGGCGAUUAAAUUCCUAUCAGCAAGCAAUAGUAGGAGUUGGGGAGGUUCUGCAGUUCUAUGAUUCUGAUAAACAUUUUCCUGCUUGGGGUUUUGGAGGGAGGGUAUCAUAUGGAUCAGUUUCUCAUUGUUUCAACCUAAAGGGGAGCCCCGAGGAGAGUGAGGUUUCAGGUGUUGAAGGUAUUAUGGCAGCAUAUGCAAUGGCUCUGCAUAAUGUUACUCUUGCUGGCCCAACUCUGUUUGGCCCAGUGAUCCAUAGGGCUGCAGAAAUUGCUGGUCAAUCUCUUUUGACUAGUCGAAACAAGUACUACGUAUUACUUAUCAUCACGGAUGGGGUUAUUACAGAUUUGCAGGAGACCAUCAAUGCAAUUGUAAAAGCUUCUGAUUUGCCCUUGUCAAUUCUCAUUGUUGGAGUAGGAGGUGCUGACUACAAAGAAAUGAAUAUUCUGGAUGCUGAUGAUGGAAAAAGAUUAGAAAGUUCCACAGGCAGAAUAGCUACUCGGGACAUUGUACAAUUUGUUCCUAUGCGAGAUUUGCAGGGGAAUCAGGUUUCGGUGGCUCAAUCUCUGUUGGAAGAGUUGCCCGGACAAUUUCUAUCAUACAUGAGGAGCAGGGAUAUUAAACCUAAUUUUGCUUACACUGCAGAAGCUCCUGUGUCUAUGCUCUCCUAAUGCCGUCAUGUUCUUCACAUUCUUUCGUUGCAUACGUCUUGUACAGCGUUGUUAUACAGGAUUUGCUGUUAGGCUGAAUUGGGUUAAUGUUGUGUAUGAAAUCGCUCUGUUUAGUGGUGAUGUCUACUGAUCUAACUUUUUUCUUUCCUCGGGGGAGGCGAAUUGAAUUUUCACUGAAAAAAAAGAUCGUAUAGCUGGCAUAGAUUCAGCUUCGGCCUAUUGCUUUCA